AUGGGAAAUGCGGUAAUAGUUUCCGUCCGUCGCUUUCGACCAAGAAUAAAGUUUCGGAGACCAUUUCAUGUGGUCAUGUUGGGACUCGACAAGAGUGGAAAAACUGCCAUUUUGUAUCGAAGUAAGUGGAAAGACUGGAAGGAAAGAAUUGUUCCGACUCCAGGGUUUAAUGUAGAAACUGUUCGACCGUCUAAAGACUUAAGGUUUAAAAUUUGGGAUGUGAGCGGAAAAGAACAUCUACGUCCGCUUUGGAAGGCAUACGUGCGGAAAACGGACGCAAUUAUUUUCGUUGUUGAUAGUGCAAAUGAGGAUAGAAUAGAGGAGGCGAAGGAAGAACUAUUCAAUCUUGUUAACUCCGCUCAAAUAAACGGAGCACCGAUUUUGAUAUUCGCGAACAAACAAGAUUUACCGAACGCGUCAGCCCCAAUGGAGAUUUUAACUAAAUUAUCGCUUCAUAAUCUCAGUUCUAAUCAUUUGUGGCAUCUGCAACCGACCUCGGCUGAAUGUGGAGAUGGCAUUUUAGAGGGUCUGCGUGUUUUAUCGGACCUGAUAGCACAGUGGAAAUCUGACAUUAAAAACUUAAAGAGCGGCCAGCGACAAAGAAAAUUGGCGGCUUCGAGAAGUAACUCGGCCAACAAUAUUUUGGCAUAG